AUGAAAGCCAUAGGGAGGUCCCUUGUGGGCCGUCGAGCUUCAAGUCUACAUGAUGCUUCUCGGGUAUCUCGCAUCACACCAUGCAUCACAUCCCGCACAUUCACGAAACCCGCAUUCGCGCCGAAGCCGAUCAUCGACAUCAAGCACAUCCGGCAAGCCCCCGGACUGUACGAGCAGAACUGCAUAGAUCGCAACUAUGGCGCACACAGCAAGAACUCGUGGCGAAUCAUCGAGCUCCACGAGCAAUGGCUGGCUCUGCAGCAGAGCGCACGCGAACUGCGAUCACGAAACAAGCAGCUGCGCGACCAGAUAGCAAAGGACGGGGCAGAGAAGCAGAAGGCACUCGGCGAGGCCAAGGCAAUGAAGACCGAACUCAGCGAAGUCGAGGCAAAAGAGACGCAGCUGCAGGAGGAGAUUGAAGCAUUGGCGCAGGACCUUCCGAACCUGAGCAGCACGCACACACCAGUCGGCACCGAGGCUACGUUGGUCGACUACAUCGGCGAACACCCCGAUCCAUCCAACUCGAAGCCGUGGAAGUCACACGUAGACAUUGGCCAGCAGUUGGGGAUACUGGACUUUGCAGGCGCAUCGCAGACUUCAGGCUGGGGGUGGUACUUCCUCGUCGGCGACGGUGCUAUGCUGGAGCAGGCGCUUGUGCAGUACGCUCUGAGUGUCGCCAGGGGGAAGCGCUGGAAGGUGGUAGCGCCGCCGUCACUCGUGUACUCGCACAUCGCGUCAGCAUGCGGUUUCCAGCCACGAGAUCAGAACGACGAGCAGCAAGUCUACGCCAUCGAGCAGCCAGAGAAGGACAAGGCAAAACCGCAGCUGGCUCUUGCGGGUACAGCUGAAAUCCCACUGGCCGGCAUGAAGGCCAACGCUGUCUUGAACGAGGCAGAGCUCCCCCUCAAGACGGUUGGCGUGAGCCGAUGCUACAGAGCCGAGGCUGGUGCACGAGGAGCGGAUACAAAGGGCCUGUACCGCGUCCACGAGUUCACCAAGGUCGAGAUGUUCGCCUGGGCCGCGCCCGACCAGACCGGAGAGGACCACUUCGCCGCAACGGACGCAUCCAGCUCGGAAACCGUUUUCGAAGAGAUGCUCGGUAUGCAGCACGAGAUCCUCACCGCGCUCGGUCUCCACUGUCGCAUCUUGGAGAUGCCUACAACAGACCUCGGCGCAAGCGCGAUCAGGAAGCGGGAUAUUGAAGCCUUCUUCCCAUCCCGACGGUCGAUAGACGACGGCUGGGGCGAAGUCACCUCCACGUCCAUGUGCACAGAUUACCAAAGCCGUCGACUGCACACUCGUCUGCGCACUGCCCAUGCGAACAAGCUAGGCUUUCCGUUCACGCUGAACGGCACGGCGCUCGCAGUGCCGAGAGUGCUAGCAGCUAUCUUGGAGAACCACUGGGACGAGAAGAGCGCGACUGUCAGGAUACCACCGGUCCUGCAGCCAUUCAUGGGAGGACAGACGGAGAUCUCGAAGCAAGCAUAG